AUGCCUAGAUUAGAAGAAAUUGACGAUUUCAAUGAUAUUGAUAAUCUUGAUAUGGAUUUGGCCCAGUUAGAUUCCUCUUUGAGAACGCCAAUAGCUCCAAAGAUAACGCCCACAGUUGUAAGAAGCCAGGACCAAGAAAACCCAGCCUUCUUCCCUGAAAUGAAUGGCAACAUUAAUAUCAACAAUAACAAUAGCAGCAAGGAAAAAGAGCAACUGAGUUUCAUUAACCCUAAGACUGGUAAGGUUGAACGUUCUGAGGCUAUCUCUAAGAAAGAUUUAGAAGAGGUCAAGAGAUUUCAGGUACUCUAUCCAUGCUACUUUGACGUGAAAAGAUCACAUAAAGAAGGCAGAAGAGUACCUAAGGAUUUGGCUGUUGAGAAUCCUCUGGCCAAAACUAUGGCAGAUGCCGUUCGUGAACUAGGAAUAUUAUGCAUUUUCGAAGGUGAAAAAUGUCAUCCGCAAGAUUUUGGUAAUCCUGGUAGAAUUCGUGUACUUUUUAAAGAAGAAGGACAAUUAGUUGGUGCCGCCACUAAAUUCAAAGGAGGCAAGAGACAAUUGAUGAAAGCUGUUGGGCAGUACAUGAAAAGUCAUCCAACCACUAUUGAAUCAUUAAGAGAGAUUCCAUAUGGUCCUGAUUUCGACAAUAUUGAAUUCAAAAAGAUCCCUCGUGUGAAGGGCUUCAAGAUGAAUGAAAUUGUUCCUCUUCAUAGUCCAUUUUUAAUGGGUCAUCCAAUGACAAAAUCUGUUUAUGAAACUCCUAAAAUUACGGCAGCAGAAAAAUCGUUCAAAGCACCCAAGAAUAAAUACAAAGUGGUUAGAAGAUAA